AUGGAUUCCAGCUACCCGGAUGAUGUCCUCGAAGGGGACCACUAUGAAGAAACAUCUGUCUAUCCAGAUAUCGAGGAUGAUCCUGAUUCAGCUUGGCACAAUGAACAAUCGUUCGACGUUGGAAAUAUGCUCGCUUCGGUGAUUGAUCCGCGUUUGUUUAAUGAUCAGCCUACACAGCAUCCAAAAAGUAUCAACCAAUACCCUGCUGGAUUUAACGUCGAGGAGACGGCCGACGCAGGCUAUCCCUCCAACGAUGAAUACGAAGAUGAAGAAUACCCAACAGCGUCAUAUCCCCCAGUGCCCGGCGAGGUAGACGAAUCAGAUGAGGAUUUUAUCAUGUCCGACGAAGAUGAAAGCGCAAGCGAGGAUGACGAAGACCAGCCAGCAGAAGAUGAAGAUGACAAUAGCUCAGGUGCUAGCAGACGGCGCCGUCGAGGUGGUGGUGGUCGCUUCUCGGGAAGGUAUGGUGCUCGUGGGCAAAAAGGAGUCAAACGAGGACCUCGUAAGCCUAUAGAGCCGAGUCCAGAGUUCAAACUUCUUCAUUCUGAGGCCACAUCUGCCUUCAUCGACGGGCAGUAUGACCGCGCCAUCGAAUUGGUCAUGCAAGCAAUUCAGAUUAACCCCGAAAUGUUCGCUGCGCAUUCCUUGCUCUCGGAAAUCUUCCUUGCGCGGGGAGAAGACGACAAAGCUCUGAAAGCUCUCUUCAAUGGAGCACAUACAAGGCCAAAAGACCCUCGUGUUUGGAUCAAGGUUGUUGAGCUGAUCUUGGAUCGUGCCCAGGAUAACAGAGAGUCCGCGUUGCAUGACGUUGUAUACUGUUACAGCCGCAUCAUUGAUGUGGAUCCGACGAAUUCCACUAUUCGAUACCAAAGAGCUGCUGCCUACCGUCAGCUAGGCCAUAAUGGCAAAGCUGCGACCGAGUACGAAAGAUUGCUCAAAGAUCGCCCGCACAGUGCCAAAGCCCUGCGUCAUCUUGCUGAGACGUACAUUGAUCUUGGGGAGGUCCAAAAAGCAGUAGAUCAUUACUCAAACAGCAUUGAUCACUACCUCUCCAUUGACCCCGGGGAUUCUGGCUUCGCAUGGUCCGAUAUCAAUAUCUAUGCCGAGCUAUUUGGCUAUCUCAAACAGCCCGACGAAGGGCUUUACAACAUGAAAUUGCUCGCUCGUUGGUUACUUGGCCGUGGCGAAGACACGCUGUGGGACGACUUUGAAGAUGACGAUCGAGAAUGGGAUGCGGAGGAUUCGCCUCGACGUAUCAAAACAGAUGGCUUCGAGCCCAAUGAAUGGCCUCGUGACUCAUAUGGACUUGGUCUUCCUCUCGAACUGCGGAUUAAAAUGGGUAUCUUCCGCUUGAAGAUGGACGAAAAAUACCACGAGGAAGCAAAGCACCAUUUCGAAUGGCUCAAUCCAGAGGACGACAGCGAAGACGCUCGGAUCUUUGACUAUGGCGAUCUCUUCCGAGAAGUGGCGGAUGCCUUAAAGCAAGUCGGUUUGCUCGAAGAGGCACUUCGGUACUAUACUCCCAUUCAGCAGACCGAUGAACAUGCCGAUAUCAGCUUCUUCAUGGCGAUGGGUGAUUGCUGUGAGCAGCUAGAAAAGGCCGAGGAUGCCGAAAGCUGUUAUCUCAUGGUGGCCAACCACAGUUCUAAACACAUGGAGUCGAGAGUACGACUAGCGAAGCUGUAUGAGAAGCUUCAAAUGACAGACCAGGCGAUGAAAUACGCCAGUGAGGCAGUACUCAUAGGACGUCAGCAAAACCGAAGUCGGGGACGAAGAAGAAAGGACACCAGGCUCGAGCAACUUGCCAUAGAGUUCAAGAUGGCUGAGUCCGAAAAGCCCAGACCAAUUGCACCCAAGCCCACAAAAGAUACGACACUUAUGGACACGGUUCAAACGGGACCAACAAGUCAUGCUGAAGGUAGUCGAACUGAAGACAUUCAAUUCCUGUACAUGAAGUUGCUGGAGUUGCACCCCCUGAUGAGGGAAUGUGCUGUCGAUGCUACCGAAGACUGGCUUGACAUAGCUGAUGCCCUUUUGCGUGACUUCCGGGCCAACCGCGCUUUCUAUCCCAUGGCUCAAACCAUGCGUUUUGUGGGAUACUCAAAAUCCAAAGACGCCAAGUCCGAAGAUGGACAUAUGAUGGAUGAGAUGCAAGAGAUGGCAAAUCGUCUGCAGGACACUAUGGGCGAUGAUUCAGAAGAGCCUUUACCUGGAGCUAUUCCCAACGACUACCAUGGAAUACCCUUUGAUGAAUGGCUUGACAUUUUCCUGGAGUAUUCCUUAGUUGUUGCAGAACAAGGAGAACCAGCAGAGGCCUACGAAACUCUGGAUUCUGCGGCGCUUGCAAGUAUUUGGCUCCACUCGAAACCCAAGUUGCGACUGAUUCAUGUCUGUUGGUUUUCAUGCGCUCUUCGCGCGAAAGAUGAAGAGACCCUGGCCAACGAAUCACGCUGGUUCAUCAAAGAAUACCAGUUCGUCACCGAUACCUAUCGACUUUUCUCCAUGCUCAGUCUCGUCUCCGGUGAUCCUCAUCGAUCACUCUUCCAUUCCUCUCCAAACAUGAAGUUCAUGCUCCGCCAAAUUAAGGCGAUGGACUUCACCAUCCCCCAAGACCCAAAGGCCCCUCGGCCUGUGCGAGAGUCUAUCUGGAGAGAACGCGCGGCACUUUCCUCAAAGGACGAAAAUGGACAACCCAUCGCUGCCGAGGAAUUAGACAUCAGUCUUCUCGUCCUCUAUGGCCACAUCCUGUAUUCUGGAAACAGCUUCUACCCAGCCCUUAACUAUUUCUUCCGAGCAUAUGCGCUAGACGACCAAAACCCAGCCGUCCUCCUCUCUAUCGGACUCUCCUACAUCCACCACUCUCUCAAACGACAAUCCGAAAACCGACAUUUCCACAUCAUGCAAGGGCUUUCCUUCAUGCAUGAAUACCGUCUAGUCCGAGAAAGGCCCGGGACCCUUCUCUCCGAGAGACAAGAGAUGGAAUUCAAUUUCGCUCGCGUUUACCACUCACUAGGUCUGGCCCACCUGGCUGUCGAAAAGUAUGAACGGGUUCUGGAAAUAGGCGAGCAGAUUCGUCUUGAAGGCGAACAAAAAGCGUCCCAGGAUUCGGCCACUCCUGCCCAUGGCGACACAGUCAUGAGCGACGGGGACGAGGCAUCUUUGCAUGCUAUCAAACCCUAUGUUGAGGACUUCUCUCCCGAGGCUGCCUACGCACUUCAGUGCAUUCAUGUAAUCAGUGGUGAUGCAAAGACUGCAAAGGCUAUCACUGAAAAUUGGCUUGUUGUUUAA